GAGGCGGCGGCGUCCGGCAGCAGUAGUGAAGCGGCACGAGUAGCGGGAUGGCGGACUCCUCGGACAAGCUCUACCGGGCCGAGUACGCCAAAAGCGGCCGCGCCUCUUGCAAAAAAUGCAAGGAGAACAUCCCCAAGGACUCGCUCCGGAUGGCUAUCAUGGUGCAGUCUCCCAUGUUUGACGGCAAAGUCCCACACUGGUACCAUUUCUCCUGCUUCUGGAAGGUCGGCCAUUGCCUCCCGCACCCUGAUGUCGAUGUGGACGGCUUCUCAGAGCUGCGCUGGGAUGACCAGCAGAAAGUUAAGAAGACUGCAGAGGCUGGAGGGGUGACAGGCAAAGGCCACGAUGGAGGUGGCAGCAAGGCAGACAAGACGCUGAACGACUUCGCAGCAGAGUACGCCAAGUCCAACAGAAGCACGUGCAAGGGCUGUAUGGAGAAGAUAGAAAAGGGCCAGAUGCGCCUGUCUAAGAAGAUGCUGGACCCAGAGAAGCCACAGAUGGGUGUGAUCGAUCGGUGGUACCACCCAAACUGCUUUAUCCAGAACAAAGAGAAACUAGGUUUCCGGCCUGAGUACACCGCUAGCCAAAUCACGGGCUUUGUGCGCCUCACACCGGAGGACAAAGAAUUUCUGAAGCAGCAAUUCCCAGGAGUCAAGAGUGAAGGAAAGAGAAAGGUUGAUGAAGUGGAUGGCACUGAAGAAGUGACUAAGAAGAAAGCUAAGAAAGAGAAAGACAAGGGCAGUAAGCUGGAAAAGACCCUCAAGGCCCAGAAUGACCUGAUUUGGAAUGUCAAGGAUGAGCUAAAGAAGGCAUGUUCGACAAAUGACCUGAAGGAGCUCCUCAUCUUCAACAAGCAGCAAGUGCCUUCGGGGGAGUCGGCGAUCCUGGACCGAGUAGCUGAUGGGAUGGUGUUUGGUGCCCUCCUUCCCUGCGAGGAAUGCUCCGGCCAGCUGGUUUUUAAGAGCGAUGCCUAUUAUUGUACCGGGGACAUCACUGCCUGGACCAAAUGUAUGGUCAAGACACAGACCCCCAACCGCAAGGAGUGGGUGACUCCAAAGGAAUUCCAGGAAAUCUCUUACCUCAAGAAACUGAAAAUCAAAAAGCAAGACCGGCUGUUCCUCCCCGAGACUGGCACCCCAGUGGCAGCAGCACCAGCACCCCCACCCCCCAUAGCUGCAGCUCCCGUUACUGAGAAUCCCUCAGCUCCAGCAGACAAGCCGUUGUCCAACAUGAAGAUCCUAACUCUGGGGAAGCUCUCCCGGAACAAAGAGGAAGUGAAGGCCAUGAUCGAGGAGCUCGGGGGCAAGCUGACAGGGACGGCCAACAAGGCCUCCCUGUGCAUCAGCACCCAGAAGGAGGUGGAGAAGAUGACCAAGAAGAUGCAGGAAAUAAAAGAAGCCAACAUCCGCGUUGUGUCUGAGGAUUUCCUCCAGGACAUCUCAGGUUCCACCAAGAGCCUUCAGGAGCUAUUUUCAGUGCAUGUAUUGUCCACCUGGGGGCCUAAGGUGAAGACGGAGCCUGUGGAAGCCGUGGUUCCAAAGGCAAAGUCAGGGUCUACACUGCCCAAGAAGAGCAAGGCCCCGGUCAAGGAGGAAGAUAAUAACAAAUCUGAGAAGAGAAUGAAGUUGACUCUCAAAGGAGGGGCAGCUGUGGACCCUGACUCUGGUCUAGAACAUUCCGCACAUGUCCUGGAGAAAGGUGGAAAGGUCUUCAGUGCCACGCUGGGCCUGGUGGACAUCAUCAAAGGAACCAAUUCCUACUACAAGCUACAGCUUCUGGAGGAUGAUAAAGAAAGCAGGUACUGGAUAUUCCGGUCCUGGGGCCGAGUGGGCACGGUCAUUGGGAGUAACAAACUGGAGAAGAUGCCAUCUAAGGAGGAUGCCAUCGAGCACUUUAUGAAGUUAUAUGAAGAGAAAACUGGGAAUGCCUGGCACUCUAAGAACUUCACAAAGUAUCCCAAAAAAUUCUACCCUCUGGAGAUUGACUACGGCCAGGAUGAAGAGGCAGUGAAGAAGCUAACAAUAAACCCUGGCACCAAGUCCAAGCUCGCCAGACCAGUUCAGGAGCUCAUUAAGAUGAUCUUUGAUGUGGAAAGUAUGAAGAAGGCCAUGGUGGAAUAUGAGAUCGACCUUCAGAAGAUGCCCUUGGGGAAGCUGAGCAAAAGGCAAAUCCAGGCAGCAUACUCCAUCCUCAGUGAAGUCCAACAGGCAGUGUCCCAGGGCAGCAGCGACUCCCAGAUCCUGGAUCUCUCAAAUCGCUUCUAUACCCUGAUCCCUCACGACUUCGGGAUGAAGAAGCCUCCUCUCCUGAAUAAUGCUGACAGUGUACAGGCCAAAGUAGAAAUGCUGGACAACCUUCUGGAUAUCGAGGUGGCUUACAGUCUUCUUAGGGGCGGGUCUGAUGACAGCAGCAAGGACCCCAUCGAUGUGAAUUACGAGAAGCUCAAGACGGAGAUUAAGGUGGUUGACAGAGAUUCUGAAGAAGCCGAGAUCAUCAGAAAAUACGUUAAGAACACUCAUGCAACCACACACAACGCUUAUGACUUGGAAGUCAUUGAUAUCUUCAAGAUAGAGCGGGAAGGGGAGAACCAGCGCUACAAGCCCUUCACGCAGCUUCACAAUCGAAGGCUGCUUUGGCACGGCUCCAGGACCACCAACUUUGCCGGCAUCCUUUCCCAGGGUCUCCGGAUUGCCCCACCAGAAGCACCUGUGACUGGCUACAUGUUUGGUAAAGGAAUCUAUUUCGCCGACAUGGUCUCUAAGAGUGCCAACUACUGCCACACAUCUCAGGGAGACCCAAUAGGAUUAAUCCUUUUGGGAGAAGUUGCUCUUGGAAAUAUGUAUGAACUGAAGCAUGCUUCCCAUAUCAGCAAGUUACCCAAGGGCAAGCACAGUGUGAAAGGUUUGGGCAAAACUACUCCUGAUCCUGCAGCUAGUAUUACUCUGGAUGGUGUAGAGGUUCCGCUUGGAACUGGGAUUUCAUCUGGCGUUAACGAUACUUGUCUGCUAUAUAAUGAGUACAUUGUCUACGAUAUCGCUCAGGUAAAUCUGAAGUACCUGCUAAAACUGAAAUUCAAUUUUAAGACCUCUCUAUGGUGAAUUAAGAGAGGUGGCUGAGUCGCAUCUCAGUGAUUGGCCUCAUCCUUACACGUCAACCCAGCGGUCGGACACCUCAGCUAAUUAUAUAUGAAGAAUUGGUUACAUGUUUCAAAGCUUUCCCCAACCUUUCAAAUCUCAUGUUCUUUGUUGUUGGGAGCCCGGGGUUUACUUUCUUCCUGCCAGGUACAGCACAGGGACGGGGGUCGGGGAGGGUGGGGUAUCACUGACAAGAGGGGAGUUUUGUUGGUUGGUUGUGUUUUUGCUUAGACUAGCCCUAUGGAGAGUCUACAGUAGAACACUCACCCUUUUUCUAAGUGAGAACCUUUGGUUUUGAUUUUGGGAAAAUGUUAAGCAUUUAUUUUGAGGUGAAAAUAAACUAAUUUCAUACUCAUUAGAUUUAUUUUCUUUUGAAUUUAUUAUCCCUUUUUCAGUUUGUGGUUUGUUUUUGGGUUUUUUUGUUUGUUUUUAUUUUGUUCUGUAAAGGGUGUGGGGAGACCAAAACAGAGGAACAUUAAUAACUCCUCGUACUUGAAACAAAAAGCUUUCUUUUUUUUUUUUAAGAGCCUUCUUUUUCAAGAAUUGCUUGAAUGUGGAAGUUCUAGAAGUAUAUAGUUUUAAAGAGUUGCAUUUGAAAUUCUUCUGGUUGCUAUGAGCAGUUUUGUCUUCCACAUUAAAAUUAUACUACUGAUAAACCCAAGGGCUACUAGUAAUUCUCAAUUAAAAUGGAUGUGGUUCCUG